AUGAUCAAAGCCCUUUGUUUGGUGUUAUUACUCGCCUAUUCUCCAGUUUCUGCGGAGAAGCAUGAUAAGAGAUAUUAUAUUAAUGCAGCAGAUUAUGGUGCUACCACUUUGCCUGCGUACCUUACAACAGGUACCGAUCAGUGGAACAAAGCUACCUUAACCACCAUCAAUUGGAACACUUGGGAUAAUACAUGGGCUACUGCAUCAACCUAUGACACCACUCCAACUUGGGAUACUACUUUAACUACUGCGACGUCUUGGACUUCAACUUCAACUUCAUCUUCAUCUUCAUCUACUACUUCUUCAACUUCAACUUCAUCUGCCACUUCUGAUUCUAGCACCAAAAAUACCGCUGAAUCACAAGAGCAAAAUAGCAAGGAUUCCCGUAGAGCCAAGAUUGUUGUCGGUGUGGUUUGUGGGAUUGUUGGGUUUUUGGGUCUUUUGGCCGCAGUUCUUAUGUUCCUUUGUUGGGCUCAAAGAAGAAAAGCCAAGCUCGAUGAUGAGAAAGAUAUCACCAUCAAAGAGGUCGCUGGGGUUCCUAAUUAUUCUAAUUCCAGAUCCUUAGGUCCUGGUGCUGCUACUGGUGCUAUUGGUGCUGGUGUAUCUGGUGUAGCUGCCAUUGAAGUUUUGGGUGAUGAUUACCAUGGCAAUGAUGAUAUGGAAAGAAUUGAAAGUCCAAUUAAUGAUAAUGCUAGUACCGUUACCGGAAGCUUUGCUUCUUUGUCUGAGAAAUUGAAAGAAAUCCAAGAGCAAUACUCUAAUGACGGUGAUAAUAUAAGUACUUUCUCUACUCUUGAUGGUGGUGAUGAUGACAGAUACGAUGAUGUUGUUGGUGGUGCCGCCGAUGUGGUAGUUACUGAUGCUACAGGUAACAGAUUAUCACAUGCUAGCUCUUCCUCUUCUUCCACUAACGGUUCUGACAGAUCAUCUAUCAGCUCAUACAGAUCUUCUCUCAAGGAAGUGAGCCCUUCACUCAACAAUCAAACCAUGAGAACCAUGUCCCCAAAGCAAACAACCUUUGCUGAAAAUGUUACUUCCCAAAACUCUUCUGAAGCUCAUGAAUCUGAUGACGAAUUAUAUGGUGACAGAAAGCUUGAUUCCUCCACCUCUUCUGAUUAUGAGGGAAGAUUCAGUGCUGCUGAUGCUGAUGCUGUUGCUGCUGCCGUGCCAGCUGCCUCCAAUACAGAAAAAUUAAGUCCAAUGAUGCAACCAAGAACCAACUCUGAAAGUCCUGCAACCAUUACUACUACUAGUACUUCUGUCCCAAGUGGUAUUGACAGUGAUGCAGCCAGUUUUGAACAGGAUCAGAACUUCCCUAACAAGUACAAUAAUUUCGCUACUGAAUUGUUGACCGCUAAAGCCGGCAAACCAAAGUUGGUGCUAUUGAAUAACCCAGGACAAUCAGUAUCUGAGCCAUUGGAGCCUGCUACUGAAGAGGACGAAAGAAAAGAAAGCAUUACCACCAUAAAGGAUGUUUCUGACAGUCCACAAUCCAACUUAUCCAAGAAGAGGGAAUCACAAUUUGAUUUUGAAUCUGGUGAUGAUGAUGAUGAAGAUGAAGAUGAAGAAGAACAAGAAAGAGAAAGAAAGCCAUCGGAAGCAACUUUCUUUACUGAAACUGUGUGA